AUGGAUGAACCAAGGACAGUAUUGAUCAUUGGUUCCGGAACCUUUGGCCUUUCUACAGCUUUGCACCUUUUACGACAAGGUAAAGUAGAGGUGACUUUAUUAGACCCUUAUCCUGUGCCCUCGCCGUGGUCGGCCGGGAAUGAUUCCAACAAGAUUAUUCAGACAACUUCUGAUGAUGACUUCUAUUCCAACUUAGCUUUAGAAGCUCUACAAAUGUGGAGAGAAGACAAUGUCUUCAAAAAGGCAUUUUCGGAGACUGGUAUUAUAUAUGCGGCCACUGGUAAAGAGGAGAGAAAGAGCAUUGACUAUCGCUACAAAUAUCUAAUUCAGCGUAACGACAAAGUAAUCAAGUUGAAUGGUGUGGAAGAUUAUGAGAAGUACGUGCCAAGUAAGCAAAGUAAGCAAGGUCUGCAAGGUCUUCAAGGUCUGCAAGCUUCUAAGUUCCAGAAAUGGUAUGGCUAUUAUCAGGAAAAAAAUUGUGGAUGGGCAUUUGCUAGAUUGGCAUUAGAGAGCUGCGCUGAAGAAUGCCGCAAACUAGGUGCUAGAUUUAUCAUUGAUUCUGCAGAGAAACUUCUCUACAGUAAAGAUGGAACAUGUGUUGGCGUUCGCACAUCCAGUGGUAGCUCCAUUGAAGCCGAUAGAAUUGUUGUUUGUGCUGGUGCAAGCUCAUUCAAGUUUUUGAACUAUGAGCAUCAACUUUUGGCUAAAUGCUGGACUUUGGGACAUAUCAAGCUUGCUGAUGACGAAGCUGCUUUGUUGAAGGGAAUGCCCGUAGUUUUGAACCUAGAUGGAGGAUUUGUGUUCGAACCAGAUACAAAUAAUGAGAUAAAGUUCUGCAAUGAGUUCCCAGGUUAUGUCAACAUUGUAGACAAGGAAUCAGUUCCUUUGUUUAAGGAUUCUAUUCCAAAAGAAGCCGAAGUCCAAAUGAGAGCCUUUUUAAGACAAAUUUUCCCCGAACUAGCGGAAAGAAAGUUUUCAUUGGCUAGAAUUUGCUGGUGUACAGACACCCCGGAUCGUCACUUCUUGAUUUGUGAGCAUCCAGAGCAUAAAAACUUAAUUUUAGGUACUGGUGAUUCCGGUCAAGGGUUCAAAUACAUGCCGAACGUUGGAAAAUACAUCUCUCAAGUUGCUCUCAAGGGUGAAAGUAGCUUAGAUAAAGAUAAAAAGAAAUUUUGGAGAUGGAGGCCAGAUAUGGGAAAGAAUAGAAACCUAAAUGACUUGCAAGGCAGAUAUGGUGGUUCCAACGAAGUAAAAGAUCUAAAGGAUGUCAAAGAAUGGUCUGAUGGAAUAGAGGACUCUGGCCUUGCUACAAAUAUCCAUAGUUUAUCCCUUCAAACUUCAUAA